CAACUUUCUUCUUCAGAGAUGCAAUUUUCUUCUUUUUACCACCCAAGGCUCCCUCUGGUGAAGAGAGUGGGUUUUGUCUUGAUUUCAUCGAUUAUGCAGAUAACCAGAUGUCCAAAUUUGUUGCUACUCAAGAAUUCAUUGCUUCCAGCUUUGUCACCUUCAAAACCAACCACUACGGUUGCUGCUGCCCUCGUUGCUUCAUUUCAUUCUACGCCUGUUAUCUGUGAAAAAUGGAAUACCAAAUGGAAUUUUGAUGAAAGAAGUAAACAACAAACAACUAAGAACUACAUAAGAUAUACAGUACAUCAAAAGCGUGCCGACACAAAGCCAGCUCUAAAACAUCUUCUCCAUAAUAGUGGUUGCUCAAAGGUUUCAUUCCAGGAUGAAGUUCCAACAUGGAAAUUUGAUGGGACAGAAGGCCGGGAUUCAGAUGGAUCUGAUAAGAAGCGGCGGUCAAGGUUUUCUGGACGACAUGUUCAGAAAUCUAACCACAAAAAAGUUAAAAGAAAGUUAAAAAGAGAGAGUUUCUCUGAGGAAUUUGAUCAUCCUGAGAGAAUCUUCCAAGCUAAAUUUGGGAACAAAUGUUAUAGUUGGUCUUCUGGGGGAGGUCAUUCUUUCAAGAAUCCAGAAUCUGGAUUUGAGUGGCGAGAAAAAUCAGGCUGGACAAAUCAAAGAACGAGAGGGUGGGAGGGUGCUAGUGAUGCUGAGUCUGAUGAGGAUGAUGAGUCAUAUUCCGUAGGAUCAUGUUCUGAUAGAGAAAUCCUUGAUUUGCCUCGAACAGGCCCCUUAAAGAUUGAAGAUGUUAAGAAUGCCUUCCGCAUAUCAGCUUUGAAGUGGCAUCCUGAUAAGCAUCAAGGUCCUUUGCAGUGGAGCUUUAAGCAGGAGAUGGGUGAAGAGAAAUUUAAGCAGUGUGUUGAUGCGUACAAAUCACUAUGCCAUGCUCUAUCCUAAAUCAUGAGGUUGGUAAUGUUUUCCGAUGCCGAGUGGUUUCAGAGAAGGAUAGGCUAAGAAGAGGUGCAUGAUUCAUCUAUUUCUAUUUCUUCAUAAUGAUGUUGAAUUUUCAAAAUUUUGUUUUCCAAGAGAAGAGGUGUAUAUCUUAAUUUCUAUGGCUUCUUAUUUAACUUUCUUGCUUAGUAAAAAAAGAUGUUCAUUACUGUGUAAUGUAUGGAGGGAAAAUAAUAACCACAAGAGGCUAUUGUCUCUGCAGAU